AUGGCAGACGUUCUUCACAGAGGAACACAGGUGCGUACCAGAACACCACAGUUACUUGUUUCGUAUAAACGCCUCUACAGCAAACGCUACGACACGCGCACACGCGUCGACAGGACGUUCCUCCGCGAGCAGGAGUGGCAGCGACAAAUCCACAAGCUCGUCGACGGAUACCUUGCUUGGAGUGCGGGAGAGCAGCCUCAGGAGGGGAAUGUGCAGCCGUGGGAUGUGGUACUCAUAAGCUUCGAUACCAAAGACAUCGGCAUUGUUACACCUGCAUCGGAGGAUGAGCUACCAAACGAAUCCCUGGUACGUCGUGGCUAUCUUGGCACGGCUCCAAUUCGACCAUCCAUUGCGAUUGCUUUCCGCACGUUGGAAGCUUACCGCCAGCUUCACCAUGCCUGUCCGCGCCUCAGCAGACAGGCACUAGUGCAGACGCUCUGCCAUCUACACAGGGUUCCGCUCAAUCGCACCCUAGUCAAUCAAUUCAGCAUCGCGUACGACCUCUACCUCGAGAUACUGCAUCACGUCGAUUCACGUGUUGACUCUGUACUCGGGCGCGAUGCCACUGACUGGCCGAUGCUGAACGCCUGCGCGUCCUGCUUGUAUAGGCUCCUGGACGAGCCGUCACUCAAAUACUCGAUUCUGGUGGCCAUGGAUGGCAAUCAGUCACUGAAGCUCGUUGACGACGUCUUCCGCGCAGGCAAGACAUUACGAGACGAUCACGUCGGCCUCUCACGACUCUGGUUGACGACGGAGGAAGUCAAUCGCUGGAAGGAUGAGGUUCCUCGCUCGGUAAAAGGUGACGAGAACUCACAGGUCGACGUCACCACUUGCGUGGAACGGUGGCGCAACGCGGGGCCUGAAUCUCGUAAGAAAAUGUUCGCGCUCUUUGCUGUUACUGGGGUCUUCGUCUGCGUAUGCCGACAUGGCCACCUCCUCGCCAUCUGCGAUAUGAUACGCUCUGGAGAACUGAUGAAAUACCCUCUGGCAAUCAUCGACAGAUUGAUGAAUGUGUACGGCAGUGACAUCCUAGUCGGAUACGACAUCGCGUGCGCGUUUGCACGUACCGUGGCCAACAGUUCGCUCGCACAACGCGCAAAGGAUAUGCGCCUCACAGGUAUUGUCCCAGCCUUCCACGGUCAUGGUCACAACCGGGGGUGCCAAGUUCACUGGCAUCCCCGAUACUUCAUCGGCGCAGGGAAAGAAGACUUCAAAGGCUGCGAGCGACUCUUCUCAGCAUCCAAUCACUUAGCAUCAGGCACCCGUCUCGCAUCCGCCUUCCAUCGCCAUCAGGCCAUUGUAGAAUUCUUCAGUCACUGGGAUGACUCGAAGCACGCAGAAUCGGGCAAUUUCAUAUACAAUAAUUACCGACAGGCGCUCGCCAUCCGCAAGGAGAGUGCCGAGGCGCUCGAAGUUCUCUGCUCGAAGCUACAUGUCACGACCCUGGACCUUGAACACUUUCUCGACGAGGAGCGAGAGUACCUGCGCAGUCGCAAGAAAGAACCGCCGGAGGUCUCGCGCAAGGCCGAUUACAUGGCGGCCUUGAAGCGUCUGGAAGCGGCAGGAGCAAGAGGCGGCGAAGGAAGACUUCUACAUACGCGUCAGUAUCAACUCGUGGACGAUGAGUGCCAGGCGUUUGAAGAUGAGCUCGAGCUCGAACACCGUUGGGUCACCGGUUCGCCUGAGUAUGCACAGGCCGAAGAGGAUCUCGCUAUGCGCAAUUAUCACUUAGCCGUCGACAACCUUGAGCGGCUCAUCGUUCAACGCUUGUUCGAGCUGACAAAGUUAGGAAUGAGCGGUGUAGGUUACAAACUUCGCGAGAAGAUCAGCAAAGGGCUUAAGGCGCGUGCAGAAGCGAUCAAGAAGGCACUGACGCGGUACAACAAGCACGCAGCUGCGCUGGUUCCGCCGCGGCCUUCGCUGUCGUGGGACGAAGUUCUCGAGAUGGUGUCCCUUGCUGAAUUCGACCUUCUUCGCGAUGCACGGACCGACAUUCGCAAAGAACCGUGGGCUGAUCGCAAGAACCGUGAAGCGAUGAACAUACUGUUUGACAUGAAGCGCGCAGAAGAGGAGAUCGAGCGGUUGAACGUCGAGAUACCUCGACUGUUGACUUUCAUGCACGACGAUCAUAUUGAUGAACAAGGAGUGUGGUGGCUAGCCUGAGGCAAGGCUACAAAAGAAUACUACAGGAGCACAAAGAGCACUGUAGUAAAGGAGGACUUACAACAGAUCUCUUAAGAGCUGAGAGGGAAGACUCAGAGGCGUUAA